AUGAUUUCCAUUUUGAAAUUCGCGGUACUGGUGUUCAUAGCCAGUUACAGUUUUGCAGAUGAUUAUGUUCUCAACAGAAAAAGGUUUCCUCCAAAUUUCAAGUUUGGUGUCUCAACAUCUGCAUUCCAGAUUGAAGGUGGCUGGAAUGAAGAUGGCAAAUCGCCAAGCUCCUGGGACAAUAUCACUCAUGCUGCACCUGAUUCUAUACUUGAUGGGAGCAAUGCAGACGUUGCUUGUGAUUCCUACCACAAAUACAAAGAAGACGUGGCUAUGUUGAAAGAAAUCGGCGUGAACCAUUACAGAUUCUCUUUGUCUUGGAGUAGAAUUCUCCCUACCGGAUUCCCGGACCAAAUCAACCAGGCCGGUGUUACCUACUACAAGAAUCUCCUUCGAGAACUGAAAGCCAACAGCAUCGAACCUGUCGUCACCAUCGUGCACUGGGAAAUACCGCUGGCCCUACAAGAACUCAACGGCUUCCUCAACGAGUCCUUCAUCGAUUGGUACUCUGACUACGCCGCCGUCUGCUUCGACCUCUUUGGCGAUGACGUCAAGAUUUGGACCACGUUCAACGAGCCCAGGGGGGCCUGCAUACACGUCAACUUAUCGGGCAGCGAAACGGGGGGGUUGUUGGAGUACGAGUGUGCGCACAACGUGUUGCGAGCCCAUGCUAAGGCCUAUAGACUAUACGAGGAGAGGUUCAAAGCUACACAAGGUGGAAAAGUAGGGAUUGUGUUGGAUAGCGCAUCUUUUAUGCCUGGAUCUGACAGUGCUGAGAACAUCACAGCAACAAGAACUUCAUAUCAAUUCGAACUGGGUUGGUUUGCCAACCCCAUCUUCAACGGCGACUACCCGGAAAUCAUGAAAUCCCGCAUCGGAGCUCGCAGCCACGCAGAGGGCAGGAAGUCUUCCCGUCUGCCCGAGUUCACCGAGGCGGAAAAGGUCGCCCUCAACGGUUCCGCUGACUUUUUCGCCCUCAACACGUACACGACCUUCUUGACGGUUGCUAUAGAAGAACCGCCGAUCACUGAUCCGCCCAGCAGGAACCAGGAUAUCGGCGUGUCAACUUACCAACCCGACGAGUGGGAGGAUAGUUCGAUGGAAGAUACGAAGUCUGCCCCUUGGGGUGUAAGACCACUGUUGAAUUGGAUAAACGAUAACUACAAUCAACCAGAAAUCAUAAUUACUGAGAACGGUUACCCUGACAGUACUGGUACCUUGCAGGAUGUGAAGAGGCUUUCCCUUAUCCAGUCGUAUCUGAGUUAUAUCAGGGAUACAAUGGAACAAGAUGGAGUGAAAGUAGUCGCGUAUACUGUGUGGAGUAUAAUGGACAAUUUCGAAUGGUUUCAUGGAUACAGUCAAAAGUAUGGUCUCUACAAUGUGGACUUCAAUAGCCCAAACAGAACAAGAACGCCAAAACUGUCUGCUCAGUAUUACAAGAAUGUUUGUCAUACAAAAUGUCUUAUAGUUGAUGAUAAUGGUUGUACGGAUUAGUGAAUGAAAGUAAAAUUAUUUCAACAGAAUUCAACAUUUU